AUGGUUGCAAUGAUGGACGCAGAUGAAGUUGAUGACUAUACGGUUAUUUGCAAGCAGAAAGACGCAUGCUAUGUCACAUCCGUAAUGAUUAUUCAUAGGUAUUUCAUUACAGCUCACACUCGUGGCUUAGUCGGGGUAUGGUCAUUCCGAGCUGGAAAUGGUGUAGUUGGGCUGGUUACUGUUGGACACGACUCUGUGAAACUUUGGCGAAUGGAUGAAACAGCUAAUGGAGCUGUUACACUCACCAGUAAAGUUGAAAUACGGGAGUGGCGCACAGCUAUACAGUCUGCUGAUGUUACCAGCGAUGGCAAAUGUAAAAUAGCCUCACAUCUUACACACUACUUGCGGCGUCCUCUGAAGUUUUCAUUUCGAUCAGGUAUCUGUCUGGUGACUAUUGACUCCAUGUUCUACGAAGUCAUCCUCGGCGACGAAGGCCCCGUUGUGAUGCCGCACGACUUUGGCGUUAUGGAAGCGUGGCAUGUACGGAUUGCAAAGAGCAAAACAAAUUACAUCACCACCGGAUUUUCUGGAUUCUUGAAAGAAAUUGAUCUCAGCGGAAAGGUUUCUCGUCAGGAACCUUUUCCCUCAGCCAAAACUGUCGGUACCCUUGCAUACGGCAGCAGCAAUCGCCGCCUAGCGGUUUCUACAUUCGAAGGUGUACUACAUAUAUUGGACGCUGCUACCUUAAAAGCAGAGACAACUAUUGAAGCGCAUUCGAAACGAAUCCGUGCGUUGGCUUUUCUGCCUGGAGACGAUGAAAUUUUGAGUGGGUCUGACGACAAGACCAUAAAACUUCAUUCACUUGGAGGCGAGCGGCCGAAGGUCGAAAGAGUUUACUGCGGACAUCGUAGUUCAGUGCUAUCACUAACAGUAGAUGAUCGAGCAGAUGGAACUCGAUUUGCCAGUAGCAGUCUUGAUGGACAGAUUUUACUUUGGCAUAUUGAACAACCGACUGCUCUUCAGCGGCUGCCAAGUCCUCAUGCUGGAGCGGUAACGACGGUUACCUUUCUGCCCACUGGACGUCAUCUUGUUUCGGGAGGUGAAGACGGCGUUGUAGCUUGUUAUCGAGUUCCUCAAGCUGGCAUGACAUCUCCAGGCAAUAUAGAAAGUACCGAAGAUAAUAUCGGAUACUUCGAUCAAGCUGAUGAAAAUGAACCUAUGGAUAUGGGCGAUGGGGUGGAGUGA